UGGCAUCGGCCUAUACAUUUUCCCGUUUGGCUGAUUUGUUUCUUGAAGGUGCUGAGAAUCGCCUGCUUGCAUGUGAAGCGACUGAGACAUGUACACGAUAAGUCACGGUCCGGUUUGUUGUUACAUGCCUUCGUGUUACUACAAUAAUAGACCGGUGUGCAACACAGUGUCAUUUAAACGGUCCGCAUAUCAGAGAUACCCACGGCAGACGCAUUUGAGCUCAUAAUGUUAAAGUGCUCGUGUGUUUCAUUCUCCCUCUCUCUCCUCAACAGUUCCCUGUAACUGUCUUGUCUAAUGAUAAAAAGGCAAAUAUAAAAAAAACUAAUAUCGGGCCUGGGUAGCUCAGCGAGUAUUGGCGCUGACUACCACCCCUGGAGUCGUGAGUUCAAAUCCAGGGCAUGCUGAGUGACUCCAGCCAGGUCUCCUAAGCAACCAAAUUGGCCCGGUUGCUAGGGAGGGUAGAGUCACAUGGGGUAACCUCCUUGUGAUCGCGAUUAGUGGUUCUCGCUCUCAGUGGGGCACAUGGUAAGUUGUGCGUGGAUCGCGGAGAGUAGCAUGAGUCUCCGAGGUGUCAUGCACAGCGAGCCAUGUGAUAAGAUGCACAGAUUGACGGUAUCGGAAGCAGAGGCAACUGGGACUUGUCCUCCGCCACCCGGAUUGAGGUGAGUAACCACGCCACCACGAGGACCUACUAAGUAGUGGGAAUUGGGCAUUCCAUAUUGGGAGAAAAGGGGAUAAAAUAAUAAAAAAUAAUAAUAUCAUGUACCAUCUGCAAAUAUGUGCAUAUCUCAUUUAAACAGAAGUAAUAUUUUCAGAAAUUUUCAGAUGGCUCCGUAGUUUGUGGAUGUAUUUCUGAACAUAAUGAGGGUGAAUAUAGAGAGUUGAUUUAGAACUUUGUAGACUGGUGCCAGCUGAACUGCCUCCAGCUUAAUAUAAGUAAGACAAAGGAAAUUGUAGUGGAUUAUCAAAGGAAGACACAUCAUAUAAUACCAGUAAACAUUCAGGGGAUGGACAUUGAGACUGUGAAAUCAUAUAAAUACCUGGGUGUUUAUCUAAAUAACAAGUUAGACUGGUCUGAUAACACAAACUAUUUAUAUAAGAGAGGUCAAAGUCGCAUUAAUCUCUUGAGAUGACUGAGAUCCUUUGGUGUGUGUCAGGUACUGUUAAAGACUUUCUAUGAAACUGUAGCAUCUGUCAUUUUGUAUGCUGUGGUAUGUUGAGGGGGAGGUAUCUUGGAAAAAGAAAAAAACAAACUUAAGUUAAUUAGAAAGGCCAGUUCUGUUGUGGGAUGCUCUCUGCCUCUUAUAGAUCAAACAGGAGACGAGAGGAUGGCUAACUCUCAUCCCCUCCACGAGACAGGCUCUGGGCAGCACAUUCAGUGCAAGGUUAAUUCAUCCACGCUGCUCAAAAGAGUGUUACAGAAUUAUUUUUUGCCAUCUGCUAUAAGAUUGUACACUUAAUAUUAUACAUGAUUGAUUUGUUACUGGUGUAAUAUUAUUAUGAUGCAAUGCUUGGGUUGGUGCAAUAGUGUUUAUUAUCUGUUGUUUUUGCUUUGUUCUUGUUUUUUAUCUAUUAUAUUAAUUAUGGGUUGUGUUUCUACUGUAAUGUGUGAGUUUCCCCCUAGGGGGAUCAAUAAAGUUAUCAAUCAGUCAAUAAACAAACCUCACAAAACUUGAGCAGAUCCAGCAUCCUGUGUAACGCUCAUAAAUCUUCCUCUGAAGCACGUAUUCUAUCAGCCUCUCCUCAACAGUUUCCUGUAACUUUUCUAAUGAUAAAAGGCAAAUAUCAAUAAAACUUCUAUUAUAUACCAUCUGCAAAUAUGCAGAUAUUUCAUUUAAACAGAUGUAAUUCACGAACCUCAUGAAAAUCCAACGUUUUCUUACCGUCAAGCUCUCAUCUAAUAUCUUCCUCUGAAGCACGUAUUCUUUCAGCCAGAAUAAAAAACUUCAGGAUCAGGAUAAAAAGUUCUUCUGAUUCACAAAUCAUGACGGUCAGUCCGUGACAAUCCAAGCAGGCGAUUCAGGCUGUUUAAACUGUCAGGAGAUUGCUGGUCGCUGCAUCUGCACGAGCGCGAGAGAGCGGGCUAUGGCAGAGACAGAGGUCACUGUGUCUGCGGAGGACAUAGUGGUGAUGAAGAGUAACGAGGAAGAGGAUGCUGAGCCUGAUGAACAAAACAAGACUCAAGUGAUUCUGCAGUUGCAGCCCAUCACAGCUGGGCUUGCAGAUGAAAGCAGUGAGACGGAUGCUGCGGUUGUGGCAGUGGAGACACAAGAUGAGGCGUCUACUGAAGGCGAGGUUUUGGAGCUUGGUUAUCCCAUUACAUGCGGCGAGAGUAAAGCCAUCCUUCUGUUCAAGAAGUUUGUCUGCCCUGGAAUCAAUGUCAAAUGUGUUAAGUAUGAGGAUCAGUUGAUCAGUCCAAAGCAGUUUGUGCACAUGUCUGGUAAAGCCACAUUGAAGGACUGGAAGCGAGCGAUCAGGAUGGGAGGGGUUAUGCUCAGGAAGAUGAUGGACUCGGGUCAGCUGGAUUUCUAUCAGCAUAGUACACUCUGCACAAACACCUGCCGCAGCACCAAAUUUGACCUGCUCAUUAACAACACACGCUUCCCACCGGACAGCAGUGGAGUCAACACACCCAACACAGCUCAGGGGCAUGUUUCUGUGACUAACGGAGGUCAGGUGACUGUGGUGGAGGAGAAGACAGAAGAUGUGAUGGGUACGGUGGAGUGGAGCACAGCUACUGUAGAAACCCCAGAAAAAAGAAUCACAUCUGUCAUCUCAGAUGAGACGUUGAGUUUCUGGAGGGGCAUCGCUGAGGUGGGACUGAUGGGGGAGGUGGUGUCUAAUAUCCGCUCUGAGCUGUUGGGUCUGUUGAGAGGAGUUCAGCUGCGCACUGACCAGAGCUCACUACAGGACGCAGAGAUUGCAGUUCUGAGUAACCUGGCACAAGUCUUUGACCUGCUCGACUCCAUCAAACACAUUCUGAAUGUUCGAAGGCAAAUGACAGACCCUGAGCAGACACAGGUCCUCAGAACACUGACAACAUUGGAGCAGCAGGUGGAGGAACACAAGCGGCAGAAUUCUCUCAGCUGGUUGUCUUCAUCACAGGUCCUCAGCGGUCUGGUUCUCCCCUCCACCCCUCCAGCCAAACGUGCUCCCAAACGACCCCGCCUGCAGCGGCCCGCCUCCACCACUGUGCUCAGCACAUCCAUAGCCCAACCUCUCGCCCUCCAGCCCCAACAGUUCACUGUCCUCUCCCCGAUCACCCUCUCCUCCAUCGGCCAGUCAUUCACCAUUGCCGGCCUCUCUCAACCAUCCAACACCGUCACCCUACACGCUCUGCCCGCUGGCUCGCAGCUCUUCACACGAAUCGGCGCAGUUUCUGAUGGAAAAACCGAGUCUAUCACGCUCCACCCUGCCUCUGGGCUCACGCUAUUUGGCGCCACGGCAGUGCAGGACCACGGACAGCUGGGGACCGUGAUGAGUCCGGUAGAGCUAGUUCAGUUGGCGCAGAAGGCUACUACGCACGGUGUAGCCCAAGAUGGUCAGGUGGUCGCGGGUACGGUAGUGAUGCAAGAGGGUGUGGUUAGGGUGGUGCAAGAGGACGAGAACCAAGCCGACACCACCCUGAUCGAGAUCAACCCAGCGGAUGCCGACCACAACAUGGGCGUCAUGGAGCUGCAGCUUGAGGGAGACGUUGUAAGAACCGUGGUGGAAGGCAGCGAGGAGGUAGUGCAGGGCGAAGCGGAGGAGGACGAGGGGGAGAUUGAGUUGGAUGCGAACAGCCAGUUCAACAAUCUGCCCAUUGUAGUGGUGGAGGAAGAGACGCAGGGUGUCAGUACAGCCAAAUGAGACACCAGCAAACUCACACAAACCACCCUCAGAGACCGGCGGGCCGAGUCAGACAGGGAAGUGGAUUGUGUCGCUCCAGCUGUCUCGUUUUUUCAUUACUUACUUCCUACACAACCAAGCUCAGCUCUGACGUGUCACAUAUUUGUAAAUGCAAGUUCAGUAUUCAAUUCGUUCAAUUUUUUUUACAUGUGAACUGCAACAAUUUGUGACGCUUUGUAGGAGCACAUUCAGUAUUUGCUUUUUGAGUGCAGAAGUUUAGUUUUGGGCACUUAGUUUUAAUUUCACUUUCGUUUCUGUGACAAAAUGUCACCGCAGCCAUGGCCUGAUCUCCAGUCUUGUGAAUCUUCAAUCGGAGGGUGAAAACUUGCAAAACUAACAGUUGAACUGAUAUUUAAGACACUCCCGUAAUAAGAAUUUACACUGUCUAUGGUGUUUGUGUACUUACUGAUGUGAAAAUCAGGGUAAAUGGCACUAAUGUUGAGUGAUAUCUUAGCACACACAUGAGGAUGGAUGUGUGAUGAACGGAUCCUGCAUGUCCUUCACUGUAAAUAAAACAACUCUUCCUUUCCCUGAACAUGGUGGAAGAGCAAAAGAU